CCCAACUGUCGUCUAAAUAGCCUGCUAGAGUCGUGCUGCUCCUUGGGGGCAGCAGUAUAUUAUAGUGACGCUCGCGAGUGGUGCUCGACGAAGAAGAUAUGUACUCAGUAGUCAACCAUAUAAAUCAACACGCGAACCCCAAAAUGCGGCGUCAUUUUCCCCACUUCAAGUUAGUAUCUUUUGAUUGGCAAGGAGUGAUGGUCACUAUGUUGAAGUGGACUCGCCACUCACUCACUCCCGGAAAGUCCGACAAGCCCCAGCACCAAGCACUACAGCAUCGGCCAUGGACGAGAACAUGCAAGGCGCCACGCAGCCUCUUCCCAGGACUCUGGGCGAGCAGGCGGCCAGGUUUGCAGAGCUGCAGCACGAGAACUUCAACCUCAAGAUGCGCGUGAGUUACCUGGAGGACAAGCUGCUGCAGUAUCUCGGGAACGGCGCGACGACCCUGGCCAGUGAAGAGCUGGAGGCCGAGGUGAUUCAGCUACGCAGAGCGCUGGAUGAACGCGAUCACCAACUAGCAGAGCAAAACGCGUCGAUGGCUCGAGCCAACGAGGCGAUUGACGCGUUGAUGCAGCAGCUUCGCGAGUCGCAGGCGAGAAUUCCACAACGAGGCGAGGUGGGACAGCCCGGUCUUGCGGUACAGAACGCUGUUCAAGCAGCUCAGCGCCGAGUGUACGAGCUGGAAGAGGAAGCGGAGAGGCUGAGUCUGGAGCUGCAGGAGGCUCACAGCGCCCAUCAGAGAGAUCUGGGCACCUCGGAGCAGUGGAGGCAGCGCUACCUGGAAACGUUGGAGUACCUCAAGAGGGAGGGCAUCAAGGCCCUGCAUGAAGUGAAGCACUUGAGAGCCUUGAACAACUCCAAGGACGAGAUGCUGGCUAGGUCACGAGAGCUGCUGGCGGACGCUCGUCAGCAAAAGCGGCGGCAAGGCAGUGAAUUCAUCAUCAGGCUCAGAAGGUUCAGUGAGGAGGCCAAGCAGUUGGGAGAGCAGGAAGAACGGCUGCAUGCCAAGUACCAGGCAGACUACGCGAGACUGGAGAGCGACUGGAUGAACGACCAGACUGGGCUUGUGCAGCAAAACGAGUUCUUCCGCGACGAGAUCGCUUCUCUGCGAAGGUGA